AUGACGAAAUUACCUGUGACAUGGCACAGCAAUCGUACGGCAUGGAUGAACAGUAAAAUAUUUACUGAAUGGUUAUAUGAUCUUGAUUUAAUGAUGCAAAAGCAAAAACGCAAUAUAUUGCUAUUUCUGGACAAUGCACCUGUUCAUUCACCUGAUGUAAAACUUCAGAAUGUGACUUUGAAGUUUUUUCCGGCUAAUUCAACUGCUCAAAUACAGCCAUUGGAUCAAGGAAUUAUCAGGACAUUCAAGGCUUACUACAGACGUUAUCUUGUUAAACAUAUUAUUGCAAAUGCCAAUGCUGCUCAUACGGCUGAUGAUGUAAAAAUAACAGCAUUGGACGCAAUCUGUUGGAUCGAUCAGUCCUGGAGAUCCAUUACUGAAGCCACUAUUCGUAAUACAUUCAAGAUGGCAGGAUUUGAAAUGCCUGCCGUUCUUGAUGAUUCAACAUCAGUAACAGUGGAACUUAAUACUAAUGAUGUUGUCGUAAACGAAAAUAAAUGUAUAGAGGAUCUUGAUCAAGUGCUUAAACAUAUAAGUAUUGGUGGUACAGUUAUGCCAGCUAAUGAUUUUGUGAACAUAGACGAUGGUGUACCAGUUUAUAACAAAUGGGAUGAUGCAAGUGACAAGAUGUUAACUGUUAAUGGGAUUAAUUUUGAAGAUGCAGUUAAUGAUGAAGAUACAACUGAACAACCACCAUCACUAUCUGAAGCAAUGAACAUGAUACGUCGUUUGCAUCUAUUGUCAAUAACUCAACAACCUGAAUUACAUUUAUAUGUAAUGCAACUGCAGUCAAAGCUUAUUGACAUCUAUCUGGACUCGAACAUUUCUAAACAACGAUCGAUUCGUGACUUUUUUAAACCCGUCUAA